AUGAGCCAGGCGGGCGCCAAGCGGGAAGCGAAGCCGGCGGCCUCCCCCGGAGCCUGGGGCCAGGCGCCAGCGGCGGGCGCGAAGAGGGGCCCAGGCCGGGCACGGGUGGGCUGGGGCGCGAGGCGUGUGGAGGGGGUGCUCAAUGGNCCUCCGCCACAGAACGGGAUCCCAGCCGAGUACGCCCCGCCCCCGCCACACCCCACGCAGGACUACUCGGGCCAGACGCCAGUGCCCCCGGAGCACGGCCUGACCCUGUACACACCAGCACAGACCCACCCCGAGCAGCCGGGCACCGAGGCCAGCUCACAGCCCAUUGCUGGCGCCCAGACCGUGCCGCAGACAGAUGAAGCGGCACAGACGGACAGCCAGCCGCUCCACCCCUCCGACCCCACAGAGAAGCAGCAACCCAAGCGGCUCCACGUCUCCAACAUCCCCUUCCGGUUCAGGGACCCCGACCUGCGGCAAAUGUUCGGGCAAUUCGGAAAAAUUUUAGACGUGGAGAUCAUUUUUAACGAGCGGGGCUCCAAGGGCUUUGGGUUUGUAACUUUUGAAACUAGCUCAGAUGCUGACCGAGCCCGGGAGAAGCUGAAUGGGACGAUCGUAGAGGGACGGAAAAUUGAGGUCAACAACGCCACGGCCCGAGUCAUGACCAACAAGAAGACUUCGAACCCCUACACCAAUGGCUGGAAGCUCAACCCCGUUGUAGGCGCAGUCUACGGGCCCGAAUUCUAUGCAGUGACGGGAUUCCCCUACCCCACCACGGGCACAGCCGUUGCCUACAGGGGUGCGCACCUACGGGGCCGGGGCCGGGCCGUGUAUAACACGUUUCGGGCUGCACCCCCCCCGCCCCCCAUCCCAGCUUACGGAGCGGUCGUGUAUCAGGAUGGCUUUUAUGGCGCCGAGAUUUACGGAGGCUAUGCAGCCUACAGAUACGCUCAGCCGGCCGCGGCAGCCGCCUACAGCGACAGUUACGGCCGAGUCUACGCGGCUGCCGACCCCUACCACCACACCAUCGGCCCCGCGGCGACCUACAGCAUCGGAACCAUGGCUAGCCUCUGCCGAGGAGGGUACAGCCGCUUCACCCCCUACUAGCAAGAGGCCCAGCCCCUAACAGCAUUCACAGGCUGUCUAGUACCCACCAGCCCCAGCAGUCCAAAGCCAGGCACAGCCACAGGAGGACAGUGCGCCCCGGUCAGCGACACCGCUGACCCCUGCGACGCUAGAGUCCAUAGGUCUCACCUCCAGCAGCCGGGCGGGCUCCCCCCACGAGGGCGUGUGUGUCUCUGACCCUGGUUACCCCGUAUGUCUGAAACCUUGGUUCCUAUUUUGACUUUGUUGAUGUUGUGUGUCCCCCCAAACCCCAGCCAUUUCAGGUACGGUAUGUGCUUAGGGGGAGGGGCUAGGCUGGGCAGAGGACCCCUCCCCAAGCGCUAGCCAUAGAGCCACACCCACAAGGGUGACCCAUUCCGU